UUUAUUUCAUGCUCACAGCAAUUCUCUGAGGCAGGUCUUGUUUUCCAUGUUUUAUAGAACAGAAAAUAUCUUCCCUAAGUGUACACAGUGGUUAAGUUUGGAUUCAAAGUCAGGUUUAUUUCAUACACUGCUUCUUGGAUGAUGGAAAAUAAUUGCAUGAUUCCUCCACUUGUUUCCUUAUAGAGACAAGUAUGUUAUGAAAUUAUUGUCUGUCAUUUUUACUUUUGUUUUUAUGUAGAAUAAAUAAACUAUGUUAUGAUAUAUUGCCAUUCAAGCAUGAAGAGUAACUGUGUCUUGUGUUUUUCAUUGGGAGAAAAUAUAUGUAUCAUAGCUAUCAACUUAUAGCAAAAAUUUUAACUUAUUCUGUUAUUCAGUCUACUCAGCUAAGCAGUCCAGAGCUUAAAUAAGAAUGUGAAAUGAAUUCCUCAGGUCAAACUGGUUUUACAUGCGCUUUCACUCUGCAUAAUUUAUCAAGAACUUUCUUUUUGCUCAUAGGGAUGACUUGUCAAGCUCGAACAUCAUACACUGAAGAUGAAGUUCUUUGGGGUCAUCGCUUUUUUCCUGUAAUUUCCUUAGAGGAAGGAUUCUUUAAAGUUGAUUACUCCCAAUUCCAUGCAACAUUUGAAGUCCCCACCCCACCUUACAGUGUGAAAGAACAGGAGGAAAUGCUCCUCAUGUCGUCCCCUUUAAUAGCACCAGCCAUAACUAACAGCAAAGAAAGACAUAAUUCUGUGGAAUGCUUAGAUGGGCUAGAUGACAUUAGUACGAAGUUUCCAUCUAAGUUGCAGAAAAUUACUGGAAGAGAAGACUUUCCAAAAAAACUCUUGAGAAUGAGUUCUACAACUUCAGAGAAAGCCUACAGCUUGGGAGAUUUGCCCAUGAAACUGCAACGGAUAAGUUCAGUUCCUGGCAACUCAGAAGAAAAACUGGUAUCUAAAACCACCAAGAUGUUAUCUGAUCCCAUGAGCCAGUCUGUGGCUGAUUUGCCACCAAAGCUUCAAAAGAUGGCUGGAGGAGUAGCCAGGAUGGAAGGGAAUCUCCCAGCCAAAUUAAGAAAAAUGAACUCUGAUCGAUUCACAUAACAAAACGCCUCCUUAGGCAUUAUUUAAUGUUUGAUUUAGUAAUAGUCUAAUGUUUGACUGAUGAGGUAAU